AUGGUUCUGUUCCUUCUGUCGCUGCUUCUCUUUGGCAGCGUUGAACAUGUGAUAGCGUCGGCCCCUAUGGGUCGGCCACGGCCGCCAAUUGACGGCCCAACAACCCUUGCACUCGACAAGCGGCAGGAAACCAACGGCUUCAUCACCUUGUCAACCGUCUAUAAGGACGGAGAUGCCUCCCGCCCGCGGACUGCCGAGAGCGGGUACGACAUCCGGGUUGACGUCGCGAACAGCGCCUGGGGCUUUUGCGGCAGCAACAACCCCAACCAGUGUGACAUGGCUGGUACCUGUGUCGAUAGCUUCUCGUGUUCCAGAGGCUGUGGGUUUGGGAAUACCUACUUGGACACGUGGACCUGCUCCGACUCCAGCAACCGCUACUGCUCGACCGCCCUCCUGACCCUGUCAAGCGACACCACCCGGGCGGUCACCUACCUGGCCUGUGCCGACAAGCCCGGGAGAACAGAAGAAUUCAUGGCCUUCACCACCACCACCCCGGCCUCCUCCUCGUCCAGUUCCAACGGCGCUGCGGCCGUCCCGCCGGUGCAGGAAGAUUAUUCCAAGCCGCCGCUGGGGCCAUGGCAUGGCGGAGGAGGCGGCUACGUGGUGCAUGAGAUGGGCUCAGGGGCAGGGGAGGUGGUGACGGGGCCUGUUGAGUUGUAUGGGGCGGAGGGGGGUUGGAGAAGGUAG